AUGAGCGGCGAACAAAAUCCUGAACGUGGAGCAUCUUCGGAGCGGCCCGACUCCGGACGGAAGAGCAGACACCUUCCCUACAUCUCAGCAGCGUGGGCGGACGCCUUGACGUCGGCGCUACCUGAUGUCGGUACGACCCAAGGGACUCUCAACGAUGUCCCAGAUGCCUUGGCUGUGCUCCUGACGCUCCACAUCCUUCAGGGUACAUACGGUACCCACAUGCGGGGACGCUGCGGCACCCAAUAA